AUGAAUCGAUCGAAUGUUCACCUUCUUGAUCUACCUAAUGAGAUGUUAUUUGGUAUUGUCAAGAAACUUGACAAUGUUGAUGUUCUUUAUUCGUUAUUUGGUAUUAAUAAUGAACGAAUUGAUAGUAUAGCACGAGAGGAGAUUUUUUCUAAUACUCUCAAUUUCGCAUCAACUAUUGGCGACAUUACAGUGCUUGAUUCUAUGCUUGAUCGGUUUUGUAAUUAUAUAUUACCUCGAAUUCAUUACAAUGUGAAAUGCCUUAUUGUUGAGCCAACAUACAUGGAACGUAUUCUUCUUGCUACUCAUUAUCCAAAGCUGACUGAAUUGAAAAUUUUCAAUUUUCAACGCGAUAGUUCAUUACAUUAUCUCACAGGCUAUGUGUCAUUAUUAUUUAAUUUAGAUGAUUCGUCCCUUCGACAUAUCUUCAGACAACAGAUUAAAAAACUUGAUCUUAUCAAUAAAGACCGUGAGCGUGCAGUAGGAUCAUGGGAAGAGUAUACAAAAAGAGUGUAUGCACCUAUUUUAACUUGCUUCGAAAAUCUCAAACAUUUGAAUGUGGUUGAAAGAUCGAUUCCUGUGUAUCCAGGCUUGUCACUUCGUUAUUUACCAUCAAGUACUUUUUCUUCGUCAACGCUUACUUAUUUAUGUAUUAAUGUGAUAACUUGGACCGAUUGUCUUUGUUUACUUGAUGGUCGUCUCAAACAAUUGAGUACACUUAUCGUUAAAAUUUAUCGUAUGGAUACGGAUUCAUCAAUUGACCACAAUUUGAAUGAUUUACCUAAUCUGAAGAUUUUUUCAUUAAUACAUUAUGGUUUAAUUGAAGAAUAUGAUAAUAAAAUUGUAUCUCUUGUUCGCCGAAUGUCAUAUUUGGAAAAAUUAACUUUGUAUUUACGUGUCAGUUGCAAACGUGUAUUCAUCGAUCCGAUUUAUCUUAUCAAUGAAUUUUCUAUGGAUAUGCAACGACUUCGUUCAUUCAACUUUUAUCUUAGUACUUAUAAUGAUCGAAACGAUUUAGUUCGUUAUUUAUCCAAUAAUCAUAUCGAACAAAAUUAUAUCACUACAGUAUAUCAUGAAGUAUCGAAUAUUGUUUGUUUCUCUGUGGACACAGCUACAUAUCAUGUCUUUACCCUUCCUUUCGAGUUUACUAAGCUGAUUUUUAUUGGCAAUAUAUUUCCAAAUAUUAUAUUCAAUUACGUCAUCGAACUAUGGGUACAUGAUGUGGUUCCAUUUAAGCAUGAAUUCUUCCAACGAAUAGCUCAAGCUUUUCCAUUGUUAGAACGUUUCUGUCUUUCUGAUUUUUCACCAACGUCGUUUGCUGCGAACAUAUCAUCUGACAACAUUCAAUCACACGAAAUCGUUGAAUAUCCUCAUCUCACUUCACUUGACCUUACAAGGGUAGGUAAUAAUGACAUCGACCAAUUUCUAAAUGAAUCUAAAGCCCAUCUACCUCAUCUAGCUGAAUUACGUAUUUUCUAUGAAGACUUAAGAAUAGUCACAAAUGAUUUUACAAGAGAAGCAACGCGACGCAAUUGCGCCAAUGUGACACAGUUAAUUACUGGAACACAAAUUGUUGGUUCGAAAGACUAUCACAUUUAUUUUCCUUUGCUGUAG